AUGGGUUCCAACUGUGAGAUUGAGAGUAUGGGCAGUGAUCAUCAAGAACGGCGUCGUGUGGGGCUGAUAUACGAUGAGAGGAUGUGCAGACAUUCGACCCCGGAUGAUGAGGACCAUCCGGAAAACCCCAAUCGCAUAAAAGUAAUCUGGGAUAAGCUCAAUGCAUCUGGAAUUGCUCAAAGAUGUGUUGUUUUGGAUGCAAAGGAAGCAGAAGAUAAGUAUUUAGCUUUGGUCCACAGCAAAUAUCACAUUGAUUUGAUUAAGAAUAUUAGUUCCAAAAAGUUUGAUUCGCGGAGAAAUAAGACAGCAUCAAAAUUUAACUCUAUAUAUUUCAAUGGAGGGUCAUCAGAAGCUGCUUAUCUUGCUGCAGGUUCUGUUAUAGAGGUUGCUGAGCAAGUUGCGAGAGGAAAAUUGGAUUCUGGUUUUGCUAUUGUCAGACCUCCAGGACAUCAUGCUGAAGAAAGUGAACCAAUGGGAUUUUGCCUGUACAACAAUGUUGCUGUUGCAACGAGUUUUCUCUUAAAUGAAAGACCAGAGUUGGGUAUCAAGAAAAUCUUGAUUGUUGAUUGGGAUGUACAUCAUGGAAAUGGUACUCAAAAAAUGUUCUGGAAGGAUCCUCGAGUUCUUUUCUUCUCUGUGCAUCGGCACGAAUUUGGGAGUUUCUAUCCAGGUGGUGAUGAUGGGUCGUAUACCAUGAUUGGAGAGGGGCCUGGCACGGGAUACAAUAUUAACGUUCCUUGGGAGAAUGGUAGGUGUGGCGAUGCAGACUAUCUUGCAGUUUGGGACCAUGUUUUGAUUCCUGUUGCUAAGGAAUUUGAUCCCGACAUGAUUAUUAUCUCUGCGGGGUUUGAUGCAGCCAUUGGCGAUCCUCUGGGGGGCUGUUGUGUUAGUCCAUAUGGGUACUCUAUCAUGCUGAACAAGUUGAUGGGGUUUGCGGGAGGUAAGAUUGUUAUGGCACUUGAAGGAGGAUAUAAUCUUGAUUCUUUAGCAAAUUCAGCCCUAGCUUGUGUUCAAGUGUUGCAACAACAUAAACCUGUUACUGGUUCUUCAGAGGCUUAUCCAUUUGAAUCAACAUGGCAUGUGAUACAAGCGGUACGUAUACAUUUGAGCUCGUAUUGGCCGACACUUGGAGAUAGACUACCAGAAAAAGUGAUCAGCAAGAGAACACCUCAAAUUGACAUCUCGAGCUCUGAUUCUGAUGGUGAGCACGAGAAUGGUGUAAUUCUAGUGGAAGAUCUCGACACGGCUGCUGAGGAUGUUAUAGAAACACUUAAAAACCUGCAAGUAAAUGAAAAUUGUCAAGGUCAAGCUACUGCAGUUUCUCCUUCUUGGAGGUCAGAUCUCUCUAAGAUUGAUAUCUGGUAUGCCGCUUUUGGAUCCAAUAUGAACAAAUCAAGGUUUGACUGCUAUAUCGAAGGUGGACAGUUGGAAGGAAUGCGAAGACGAUGUGUUGGUUCAAUGGAUAAAAGCCAGCCCAAGGAGAUUAUGUGGAAGACAUUCCCUCAUCGAUUAUUCUUUGCUCGUGACCAUACGGCUACAUGGGGUCCAGGAGGUGUUGCUUUUCUACAUCCUGAAAGUGAUAUCCAAGAAAAAACUUACACACGUCUUUAUAAAAUUACGCUAGAGCAAUUUAAUGACGUGUUGCUUCAAGAGAAUGUUUUGAGUGAUGACAUGACCUGUCCAUUAUUUGAUUUGACAUUUUUACACACUAUUGAAACUGAGAAGUGCAUCUCAGUGGAGUUAGUCCAGAGAGGAUGGUACCAUAAUGUUGUUUACUUGGGAAAGGAGAACAACAUUCCAAUUCUAACAAUGACGUGCACUCUUUCGGAUAUUGAAAACUUCAAGUCUGGAAAAUUUCCUGUAAAUUCACCCGCCAAAGCAUAUGCCAAUACCUUGGUUAAAGGACUUGUACAAGGAAAGCAGCUGUCUGAAGCGGAAGCAAUAGCUUACAUAGAGGAAGCAUCUACAAAGCCACUAUAA